AUGGCACAACCACACCAUUUAACCCGCUACCACGCGGCCCUCCUAUCAACUUCUAAACGUCAAUUAGCCCGCACCACCCGCACCAUCAUCCCCCAAUGCACUCGCCAAUUCCAGCACCAAACCCGACCAGCCCGCCGUCACCCUACUCCAGCAUACCUCACAUUCUCUCCCCUCUCACGACCAACCAGACGACCCUACCACUCCGAACACCACCCUGACCCCCCACCUCACGAAUACACCAACUCCCAAACUACCAUCCUUUCCGCUGCUCUCCGCCAUGUCCCGACCCACGGCUUCACUCGCGACGCCCUCACCCUCGCGCCCGCGAUAGCGGCUUCCUGGAUGUCUCGCAAGCGUCGAGGAUUAUUGCGCGCCAGCGUGGACAAUGGACUCUUCGAAAAGGAUGAGCGGGUGAAGGCCGGACUGAAGUUGUCUGUGGAGGAGAAGACGAAGAUCUUGAUCAUGGAGAGGUUGAGGAUGAAUACUGAGAUAAGACAUCAGUGGCAGGAUGCUCUGGCGCUUAUGUCACUGGCGGGUAAUAUCCCUCUUUCGCUAUCGGAGUUGCAUGCGCUUUCGUCGGAAAUCUUGACGCUCGCUGGUGAUGCUUCGGUUGAUGCGUCGUGGUAUACGAAGCGGUUGUCUGUUGCGGCGAUCUAUGCUUCGUCGGAGGUGGUUAUGACCCGGGAUCAGAGUCCUGGUCUUUCUGAGACGGAGGCGUUCGUGGAGCGGCGUGUUGAGGAUAGUUCUGCUAUUGGGGAAAAGCUGACCGGAUUCAAGCAGUGUUUAGGGUUUGUGGGGUCGACAGCCAUAGGACUGGGGAGGAGCUGGGGAUUGAAGAUUUAA